GUAGAGUCCUGAACCGUUCACCGAACGUUUCGAUUAUUAUCAGCUGAUAAAGUUCUUUAUCGUCUCGUCUCUACUACUUCGUCUUUCUGUGAAGAAUGAUUCAAACUUUUAGCUUCGUUUGAUUUAUUCUUCUUACCAAGUCUCACUAAAUUUACACAUUUCCCUUUCUGCACUCCUGGAAACAAGUGAAAGCUUUUUUUUUUCUUGAUUACAACCAAAUUCUCAAUCUGGGCAGUGACCUUUUGCUAAACCCAGUUCUUGAUUCUUCUUCAUUUUGAGUGGAAUCUCAUUUUUCGCCUUCCUGGAAGACUGAAAUAGAGAAAUGGGUCUGUGUUUAGGCAAGGAUAAGCCUGCAGAGUCAAAGGCCAAUGGGUAUCAUGGUGAAAUUGUGAAUCAGAAUCAAAUUCAGUACACAAAAUCUCCUGGCCCAGAAGCUCAACUGCCUGUGGUGAGGCCUCAACCAAGCCCAAAACCAGCUUUCAGGUCAGAUACAAUUCUGGGAAAGGCAUAUGAAGAUGUUAGGUCACAUUAUAGUCUUGGGAAAGAAUUGGGUAGGGGCCAAUUUGGGGUUACUUAUCUUUGUACUGAGAUCAGUAGUGGUCAACAAUAUGCUUGCAAAUCAAUAUCCAAGAAAAAGCUUGUUACCAAGGCUGAUAAGGAGGACAUGAGAAGAGAGAUUCAGAUUAUGCAGCACUUGAGUGGGCAGCCUAAUAUUGUUGCCUUUAAAGGUGCUUAUGAGGACAAGAGCUCUGUUUAUCUUGUGAUGGAGCUUUGUGCUGGUGGAGAGCUGUUUGAUAGGAUCAUUGCUAAUGGGCAUUAUAGUGAAAAGGCUGCUGCCUCGCUUUGUCGGUCCAUUGUGAAUGUUGUGAAUGUUUGCCAUUUUAUGGGCGUAAUGCACCGUGAUCUUAAGCCAGAGAAUUUCUUGCUGUCUGAUAAAGCUGAAAAUGCUGCCUUGAAGGCAACCGAUUUUGGCCUCUCUGUGUUCAUUGAGCAAGGAAAGGUGUACAAGGAUAUAGUUGGAAGUGCUUACUAUGUUCCUCCUGAAGUGUUGCGACGUAAGUAUGGGAAGGAAGCAGACAUCUGGAGUGCAGGUGUUAUAUUGUACAUAUUACUCAGCGGUGUCCCUCCGUUCUGGGCUGAAACUGAGCGGGGAAUUUUUGAUGCUAUACUUGAGGGAGAAAUUGACUUCGAAAGUGAACCGUGGCCUUCUAUAUCGAGUAGUGCCAAGGACCUGGUACGAAGGAUGCUAACGGAAGAUCCAAAGAGACGCAUUACUGCUGCUCAAGUUCUUGAGCAUCCAUGGAUGAGAGGAGGAGAAGCGUCUGAUAAACCAAUAGACAGUGCAGUCCUCUCGAGAAUGAAGCAAUUCAGAGCGAUGAACAAACUCAAAAAGCUUGCCCUUAAGGUAAUUGCAGAAAAUCUCUCGGCAGAAGAAAUCCAGGGGCUGAAAUCUAUGUUCAUGAACAUGGAUACCGAUAAGAGUGGCACGAUUACAUAUGAAGAGCUGAAGACUGGAUUGGCUAAACUCGGGUCCAAGCUCACAGAAUCUGAAGUCAAGCAGUUGAUGGAAGCUGCAGAUGUGGAUGGAGAUGGCUCAAUUGACUAUAUAGAAUUCAUCACUGCUACAAUGCACAAACACAGGCUAGAAAGAGAAGAGAAUCUAUACAAAGCAUUUCAGUAUUUUGAUAAAGAUAGUAGUGGGUUUAUAACUCGAGAUGAACUGCAAACAGCUCUGAAGGAACAUGGAAUAGCUGAUGCAGAAACUAUAAAAGAGAUUAUAGCUGAAGUGGAUAUAGACAAUGAUGGAACCAUCAACUAUGAAGAGUUCUGCACCAUGAUGAGAACUGGAAGCAAACAGCCAGGCAAGCUCUUCUAACAUCAUGUAAUUUAUGCUCUGGGAUGGCCAUGGAAUCAUUGUAGCUUUACUGGCUGGCCAGUAAUUGUAUUGAGAAAUUUCUUUCAGUAUCUGUUCUUACCUCAUAUUUAUAACAAGAACAAAUGUAUUAUGAUAAAUAUAAAACCCACAUUUAUUGCUGGAAGAGAAAGUUGAAUUACAAUUCAACAGCCACCCCAUGACAUGACUAUGGGCAUGGAAAUCAAUUCAAAAUGAAAAAUUCAGGAAAAAAAAAAA